UUUUGACAGCGUGUACCCAUCAACCCGCUGCCCGCUGCAAUUUUGUUCAAGCGGUAAAGCGAAAAAAUGUUCGAACAUUUUACCUCACCUAAUAUUUCUUUUGCGAUUUUCUGUUCAUUACAUUUCGCGUUUGUUUGUUUAGUUUUGUUGACGCAAGUUUAUUUAGAGGUGACUAAAACAAAACAAUAAAAUUUGUUCAAAGAGAUUUUAUGCCAACCGAAUUAAAGUUAACGAAAUGAAUGGUCUACUUGGCAUCGGCGAAAUAUUUGAUUCAUUCGACAAUAUUUACUUGUUGAGCACUGCCACCAUGCUGGCUGCCGUGGUUUUGGCGUUCUACUUUUCCAAUUUGGCGAAGGGCAUUGGGAUGCCUAGCGUUCCAGAGGAGCGGGAAAUUGAAGAACAUAAUGGCAUUACUGGAGUGGAGCAUAUCAUGGGCAGUGGUAAGAACUUUGGCGAACAACAGUUGGAGGGACCGUAUGAUUCCAGUGACGAUGAAGAUUUCGACACAGACAACCCUUUAGGUGAUGGCUUGGUGGGCAAAAUUAAAUCGGCGCGUCUAAAAGAGUUGGAAGCGCAAUUGACGCACGACCAACUGGAGGAAGAGCGCAGAAUCGAACGUGAACAACUUGCGGCAAUUUUCGAACUGUUAAAAAAACAGGAGGCAGAAUUAAAUAUGAAAGAAAUAGACGAGCGAGAACUAGUUGCCCAAUUGAAUUUGUAUCGCUGAAGGGACGCUAGUCUUUGAUGCCUGCAUGGAACUCUGCGCUGAAUAUAAUUUGCAGCAAUAAGUAUUUUUAAGCACAAUGUGUAUCUAGUCUUUAAUGUUCUGUAUAUAAGUAGAGUGUGUGUUACUUUGUGUUUAGAUUUACAAAUGUCGAUGUGUUAAUAAAAUAAGACAACCUUAUUUAUGAUUUCAA